AGGAAAUUUUUGUGUUUAGAAUCAACAAAUAUUGAAAACCUAAUAUGAUAACUGCGUGUAGUGUUUAUUAGCCAGAGUUUAAUAAGGUUGUUAGUUGUUUUCAACAACCAACUUACUCUGCUCAAAAAAUAUGCAUACGUAAAGUUCUACAUGAAAAAUAAUUCAAAAGAAAUUUCUUAGAGAGAUAAAUUUUAAAAUUGUGUAUUGAGAAAUACAUAAUAUACAUAUCUAACUCAAAUUUGGUAAGAAUUUACAGCAUCAAUAAAAAUGAAUCAACAGCAAAAUGUUAAUAUGGAUCCGUCCCUGGUGCCAGAUACGGGUCAUAUUCAAACUCAAUAUGCAGCAUUUCAAAACUUUGAACAAUACACUGCUGCUGGAUAUUCUAACGCACCAAUAUACAUUUCAAAACCAACUGGAAUAGGAGCUAUUUCACGUAUUGCACCACACUGCUCUGUAGGUUCCCAAAGCAAAAUAGAAACAACUUCUCAAGAAAUUUCACUGCCCGGCAUAGAGAACCAUCAAUUGACACCAGCUAUGAGAUAUAUACAAGCUUCGCAAUUUGAUGAAGGCCCGGACUUUGGUAUAUCUGGCUUACAAUCCUGUGGACUAGAAACACAUUAUACUGAUGAGUCCGCCGUGCCAUACGGAUUUACAGGGGAUCCCAAUUAUGGUCUACCAAAUAUUGGUGCAAGUAUAAAACCAUAUGCUCCAAGGCCGUUUGACAACAACAUAAAUGACUCCGAGCAAGGAAUAGAUACUCAAUGUAGACCAUUUGAAAGUCAAACAGAUUUCAAGCUUGCUCCAUUUGGUACAAAUUCUUUAAAUACUAUUCCACCUAGAAUAGGUGAAAAAGAUAAUUUUCUGGCGGGAUCCGAUAGUGAUAUUUGUUCUACAAUGCGUUGGCGUGACCCGAACCUUUCGGAAGUAAUAAGCUUUCUAAGUAAUCCUAAUAACGCAAUUAAGGCCAACGCUGCAGCAUAUUUGCAGCAUUUGUGCUACAUGGAUGAUCCAAACAAGCAACGUACUAGGACCUUAGGAGGAAUACCGCCUCUAAUUCGAUUAUUGUCAUAUGAUGCUCCCGAAAUUCAUAAAAAUGCUUGCGGAGCCUUACGCAACUUGUCUUAUGGAAGACAAAAUGAUGAAAACAAACGUGCAAUAAAAAACGCAGCAGGAAUAGAAGCAUUAGUUCAUCUGCUUUGUCGAUCGCAAGAGACUGAAGUAAAAGAAUUGGUAACUGGAGUUUUAUGGAAUAUGUCUUCAUGUGAAGAUAUCAAACGUUCAAUUAUUGAUGAAGCGCUGGGGGCAAUAGUUUGCAACAUUAUAAAGCCUCAUUCUGGAUGGGAUCCCGUAUGCUGUGGCGAGACUUGUUUUUCUACGGUAUUUCGAAAUGCAUCGGGUGUUUUGCGAAAUGUAAGUUCUGCUGGAGAACACGCUCGUGAAUGUUUGCGGAAUUGUGAACACUUGGUUGAGUCGCUACUUUACGUAGUGCGAUCGUCCAUUGAAAAGAACAAUAUUGGAAACAAAACAAUAGAGAACUGUGUUUGUAUACUACGAAAUCUUUCAUAUAGAUGUCAAGAGGUUGAGGAUCCAAAUUAUGAUAAGCAUCCUUUCAUAGUUCAAGAAAAGGUAUUGCCAUCAUCUUCAAAAGGAGAAAAUUUAGGAUGUUUUGGAACAAGUAAAAAAAAAAAGGAACUAGCUUUAAAUGAGUCCCAACAGGACUACAUAUUUUCUUCAGAAUUUUCCAAGAAUUGUGGAGGAAAUAAUCAAGGAAAUAAAGGAGUUGAACAGUUAUGGCAACCGGAAGUUGUUCAAUAUUACUUGUCUUUACUGCAGAGCUGCUCAAAUCCAGAAACACUCGAGGCGUCAGCUGGAGCAAUUCAGAAUUUGUCAGCCUGUUAUUGGCAACCAAGCAUUGACAUUCGAGCUACCGUGCGAAAAGAAAAGGGACUUCCUAUACUUGUCGAACUGUUGAGAAUGGAAGUCGAUAGAGUAGUAUGUGCUGUCGCUACUGCAUUGCGAAAUCUUGCUAUUGAUCAACGUAAUAAAGAGUUGAUUGGCAAGUAUGCUAUGCGCGAUCUGGUCCAAAAGCUACCGUCUGGAAAUGCACAACACGACCAAAACACAUCUGAUGAUACGAUUACAGCAGUAUUAGCAACCAUAAACGAAGUAAUAAAAAAAAAUCCGGAAUUUGCUCGUUCUCUGUUAGAUGCUGGUGGUGUGGAUAGACUUAUGAACAUAACACGACGCAAAGAACAAUAUACUUCGUGCGUAAUAAAGUUUGCUAGUCAAGUUUUGUACACAAUGUGGCAACAUCACGAGUUGCGUGAAGUCUAUAAGAAAAAUGGAUGGAAGGAGCAAGAUUUUGUUAACAAGCACUUCGCUCCGCACAAUACCCCGCCAAGCUCACCAAACAAUGCUAACAAUACUCUGAAUAGACCAAUGGCAUCUCAAGGUCGAACCCGUUAUGAAGAUAGAACAAUUCAGCGUGUUCCGAAUUAUAGAAAUAAAGAAGCAACAGGAGGUGCCAUCUCCAACGAUUCUGCGUUGCUAUCUGAAAUGGUUCGAAAACAAUUAUAAAAUGUAUAUUUGUUUG